CAGAAGUUUUUGCCAACUCGGAUUCGCACUUCGUCACUCGCUAAUUAUUCAAAUGAUUUAAAACCAUGUAUGCCAUCAUUACUGAAUUUCUUGGUCUCAACCUACUAGAGACCAAGUUGGACUCAACCACCAUUUUACAAAAAAAAAUUGAAAAAUCUUACUACAAACAAAAUAACUAAAAGAAGUACAGUAGAAGGAGACCCCUCUUUCUUUUUCCUUUGUACCAGCUACUCCAACCCGAAAUUUUGCUCCCAAAACAUGGCGGGCUCUAAAAUUCCAAAAAUUUUCCCUUUUAAAAUUUUGGGGAAAAAAAUUAAUGGAACCCCAAUUCAUUUUGAAGACCCGACUAAGCAACAAAAACGAACAAACCAUUAUUGAAGAGCUGGGAGGAGUUGUAGUUGCAAGAGUUGAAAUCCCGAUUUUGUGAGAAACCCUAGUUUUGCGAUAAAUUAAUUGACGCAAUUUUAGUUGGCUUUCAUCAAUUAAUCUCUGAUGAAGAAGCUUUGGUGUAAGUGAAAUGAAUUAUGAUAACGUGGAAAACAAUGAACUUGAGAUGAUUGAGGAUUAUAAUGUUGGGAAUCAAAACCAGGUUAUGGCUGGGAGCACAUAUGUUAAUUGCAGUUCAAGUAGCUGUUUAGAUAGUGAUGAUAGUUUGCAGUUUGAUUUGAAUGAUGAUCUGAAUAUUAAUGAUAACGGGGAGAGUUUUGACUUGAAUAAGGACCCUAAUGAAUGUAGCAUUCCCCAUUUUAAUAAGGACCAUGCUAAAUGUAGCAUUCCCAGGGAUAGCGUUGCGUUGAACGACGACUAUGAACACUUAUACAGUUCGGGAUCAGGUAGAUGUAUAGGGGCAGCAGCAGUAUCUCAUCAAGAAGUAGGAAUGGAGUUUAGUACAUGGGAUGACAUGAAUAAUUACUAUCAUAGAUAUGGAGAGCAAGAGGGAUUUGGGGUUGUGUGUAUAGGUGGGAGAAAGAAUGAUGUUUUCAAUAAAGCGGCAUAUAGCACUUAUGUUUGGAAGUGCAAGUGUUACGGAAUUACACCAUACAGGAAGAGGGUUAAUGGGAAGAGGGUUGUGGUUUAUGAUGAGCCAUCCAAAGAGAAGAAGAUUAAAAAAUGUGAUUAUCCAGUUAUGUUGUAUGGGCAGGGCAACUGUGAAGGUGUGUGGCAGAUUAGGGAAGCUGUAAAUGAGCACAAUCACAGUGUGACUCCUGAGCUGUCAAGGCACAUUGUAAUGUAUAGGAAUAAAAAAAUUACCAAGCAUUUGGAGUAUAGGAUUGAAACUGACCAUGCAUCUAGCGCCUCGGUUGGUCAGAUUUUCAACAACAUGGCAGGUCAAAGACACGGUGUGGAGAAUGUGGGCUUUACAAAAAAAAGAUAUUCAUAAUUUGAUGAAUAGGAAGAGGAGAUUGAAGUUAAAAAAUGGUGAUGCCUCGGCUAUGUUGGAGUAUUUUGAUAGAAUGACUACCGAUAACCAAAUUUUUUUCGCAUGCAUAGGCUUGAUGACAAGGGCCAACUGAAAGACAUCAUGUGGGUUGAUGCUCGGAGCAGGGAGGCAUAUCAGUAUUUUGGAGAUGUGCGCUUUGACUCCACUUACCUGACAAAACAAUACGAACUUCUUUUCUCAAACUUUGUUGGGGUCAACCACCAUGGUCAGAUACUAUUAGGCUAUGCAUAUGGUAUCACAUGAGAAUGCCGAGACGUUUGAGUGGCUAUUCAAGACAUGGCUUUAUUGUAUGAGGGGAAAUCCCCUAGCGGCUAUCAUGACAGAUCAAGAUGCUGAGAUGAGGAAGGCACUAAGAGUCGUAUUCCCAAUGCCGGGAACACGCCAUCGGUGGUGUACGUGGCACAUCGUGAAGAAGUUUGGUCAGAAAUUGGGUGCUCUAUCUGAUUACCAAGAUGUAAAAGAUGCAUUGCAGAAUGUGAUCUACAAUAGAACUACACCAGAUCAGUUUGUUGAAUCUUGGUGGGAAGUGGUUAAUAAGUUCAAGCUAGAACAGUAUGAAUGCUACGAGUAGCUGGAAGGCCUACACAAUGAGCGAGAGAUGUGGAUCCCCGCAUAUGUUAAAGGUGUAUUUUGGGCAGGAAUGCAGACUACUCAACGUGUUGAGAGCAUAAACAGUUUUUUUUUUUAUGGUUAUUUAACAAGCACACCCGGCUGUGUAAGUUUGCUCCUAAAUACUGUAAGGAAAUGGAAAGCCGAGCUAAUGAUGAGAAGGAAGCGGAUGCUAAAUGUGCACGUUUCGUUUGGCCUCUAAUAUCGGAAUUUGCAUUGGAACGUAAAUUUCAGAAGCUGUAUACGGAUGCAAAGUUUAUGGAACAAAACCAGUGAAACCAUGUUGCAUAUGUGACCCUUGUGUCAAGGAAGUCAGUGUCACAUAACUAGGAGGAGUUUUUGUUUCCAGUUCGUGUAUGGAUUUACUGCAAGAAAAAACGGAAGGAGACUCCCCUCAAUGGUUGGUUGAAGGACUAUACUAUUUUGCAUAACAAAGAAAGAAAAGAGGCGAACUGUGACUGUCGACACUUUGAAUGUCAUGGAGUUAUUUGUAGGCAUAUUAUUAAGGUUUAAGACAUGAGUGGAGUGAAUGAAGUUCCCUCCAUGUACAAUUUGGACAGGUGGAGAAAGGAUAUUAGUAGGAAACACACUCUUGUUAAAGUUUCAUAUCACGACGCAUGAAAAAAAAGAGGUUUGAAGAUAUGAUAAUUUGAUGUUAGCCCUUGAACCUGUUGUAUUGCGCGCUUUAGCAUCAGAUGAAGUUGUAGAAGUGUUAAUGAACUUGAUUCAGCUAAUAAGCUUAAAGGUUGAUGAAUUACAUGUGCUGGCUGAGGGGUCAUGUCAGGGUUCGGGUGGGGAUGAAAGGCCUAGUGGUAUGAGCAUGAACCUUCCGAAAAAGGCUCCCAGUACACCGCAGACAAGAACAAAGAUACCCUUAACUCAACUUCUCCUAUCGCAGCACCAACUUCAAUAUCAUCGUGCUUCUUGUAAUAAAACGUGUUGUUUAUAUUAAACUUAGCCUCGCAAGUUUGUAAAGGCUUCAGAUACAUAACAUAAGGUGGAUGGUAAUAAAUUCGUGCAGAUAGGGAUAACUGAUUUGAUUUUAA